GAGUGACUGUCUGCUGUUUUCAGAACCGCAUCUGUCCGUAGCAGUCGUCAUGGAAACAGAGGAGCAGGCCAGGAACCGUUUCCAGUCGGAGCUGGAGUUCGUCCAGUGUUUGGCCAACCCAAACUACCUAAACUUUUUGGCUCAGAGAGGUGUCUUGAGAGAGAGGCCCUUCAUUAACUACUUGAAGUACCUGCUGUACUGGAAGGAGCCUGAAUAUGCAAAGUUCCUCAAGUAUCCUCACUGCCUGCACAUGCUGGAGCUGCUGCAGUAUGAACACUUCAGGAAGGAGCUGGUCAACGCUCAGUGUGCCAAAUUCAUCGACGAGCAGCAGCUGCUGCACUGGCAGCACUACUCCAGGAAACGCACCCGGCUGCAGCAGGCGCUGGCCGAGCAGCAGCAGCCCCAGCAGCAGCCACCGCCGCAUGGGAACGCCACCGCCAAGUGAUGAUGUCACUGGAGGUGGGAGGAGGACUGUACAUGGGAACAUGUCGGAUAGCUAAAGUGUGGAUUAUAGCCUGACUGUGUCUGGAUUUUUGAGGCCAAGAUUGAUAUACUGACAGUCAGUCAUGUGGGACAAUAAACUCUUCAGUGCUCUGUAGGGACAAACCACACCAUGGAACGACACACUUUACAUUUCUUCCUCUUGCCAAAUUCUGCUACUUUCCUUUUUUAAUAAAAUAUUUGACAUUAUAAGCAUUUGUAUUUGCUU